AAGGUGAAGAGUAAGACAAAUUGGAAGGCUCGAGGCUCCGGGUGGUGCUGCGUUUCAAAUUGCUAUACACACAAAGACUUAAGAGAGAGAGAGGGUUUGAAUUUGCGAGCGCGAGAGAGAGAGAGAGAGAGAGGCUCUGUGCGCUCCGAUUAGCGGCUCAGCUUCAUUGUGGGUGCAGACGAGUCAGACGUCGAAGAUUCAUUUCUCGAUCCUCUGGAGAAAUCAAAGUUACAUCGCUCAGGUGAGGGAAAAAUGGUGGAGAAGGAGCAAUUCCGCUGGUGGUUUGACAGCCAUGGCGCUCCAAGAGGCUCCCCCUGGCUCCAAUCUACUCUUGCAGAACUGGACAAUAAGACGAAGUCAAUGCUAAAAUUGAUAGAUGAAGAUGCCGAUUCCUUUGCACAGCGUGCAGAAAUGUAUUACAAGAAGCGACCAGAGCUAAUUAACAUGGUUGAGGAUUUUUAUCGGGCACACCGCUCAUUAGCCGUGCGAUUUGAUCAAGUCAAGUCAGACCCAGGUACUCGCAUUGUAACAACAUUGGGAGGAUCCUCAUCGUUCCUCUCCAAAUGCCAAUCAGAGAAGAUUAGUGUGAGUGAUCAACAUUAUGAUUGCUACUCAGAAAUCUGUGAUGCUGAGUCACCCGCGCAGUCUGAAGUUGAGGAUCUGGAUCAUGAUCAUGAAGAUGAGAUCCAAGGCGAUGAGACACAAAAGGUAGAAGAGGACGUUUCAUCCAAUGUUGAGAAUGGGGAAGUAAUGAAGUUGAGAGAAGAAAUGGAGAAACUCAGAGAAGAGAACAAUAUUCUGAAGGGUCAAUUGAUGCAGAAGGAUGAUGAGAAGAGAGAGGCAAUACGGCAACUAAGUGUAGCUGUGGAGGUGCUAAAAGAUGAGAAUGGAAAGCUUAGGACUUAUAUUGCUAAAGCUGUUGACUUGAAUAGAUUGAAAUGGGUAUUCCUUGAAAAGUUAUUCAGUGGGUUUUCAAAGACUGAAGGGCCUGUUGCUAAAGCAGAUGACUUAAAUAGAUGAGUGUUACAUUAUGUUAAGUAGAGUAUAAUAAGUAGAACAAAGUCUAUAAUGGCACUGCUCGGGAGAAAUUUCACUUGUAACUAGUACUAGUGCGCAAUUGUCUUAUCUUCCAUGGAUUAGGUUCAGAUUUUGGGUUCUUCCUGUGUUUUUUUAGGCUUUUGUUCAGAAUUUGCAAUUUUAAUACAUGUGUGGGUAAUAUUAGUUGUC